GCUAGCGUUUCGAGGUGGCCAUCGAGCAUGCGAUCUGCGCGUACAUAAAAUCAGACGGCCAUCGGACAAGAAUUGCUCGAGGCAGACGACAGGGAGGCCCAUUCUGGCAGCUCCGCCGGCGAAGCAGGGACGGGCAAAAGUCACUUGCAGGGCCGGAGUGUUUCGCCUGUGCAGGGCCCGCGCGUCAUGGCUGUGGUGUCCAGGGCCUCUUCGGUAGGUAGCCUCGCAGGGUUCGGUGCGGGGGCUGCUGAUCUUGCUGCCCCUUCUGCUCCCUUCCCUCUGCACAGCGGGCUGCGUCAAUUGCCGCUGCUCUCUGUUGCCCCGGUGCGGCGGCCGCAGGUGCCGCGGCUGCUGUGCCCUCAGAGCAGUGCGGCUCCUGUGUCUGACACCCUAGCCGCAGAGGCCGCGCACGAGCUGGCGCGAGAUGAGGCGCAGAGCGCGAGCGGCAGCCGGCAAGCGGAGGAGGUGAUUGCCAAGGAGAAGGCGCUGUUCGUGGGCACAUAUGCGCGCGCGCCGGUGGUGUUUGCGCGCGGCUACGGCAGCACGCUGGUGGACCUGGCGGGGCGCGAAUACCUGGACAUGGCCGCGGGCAUCGCGGUAAAUGCACUGGGGCACAGCGACCCGGCGUGGCUGGCGGCGGUGACAACGCAGGCGGGCCUGCUGACGCACGUGAGCAACCUGUACCACAGCGUGCCGCAGGUGCAGCUCGCGGAGACGCUGGUGCGCCACAGCUUUGCAGACCGCGUGUUCUUGGCCAACAGCGGGACGGAGGCCAACGAGGCGGCCAUCAAGUUUGCGCGCAAGUACGCGCGCGGCGUCGCCAAGGAGGAGGGCCCCAAGCGCUGGCUGCGCUUGACGGAGCUGGAGCCGGCCACGCACUUUGUGAGCUUCAGCAACAGCUUCCACGGGCGCACCAUGGGCGCGCUCGCGCUGACCAGCAAGAAGCACUACCGCACCCCGUUUGAGCCGGUCAUGCCCGGCGUGGACUUUGUCAAGUACGGGGACCUGGCCGCCGCGGGGGCUGCCAUCCGCAAGGGCCACACGGCGGCUGUGUUUGUGGAGCCAGUGCAGGGGGAGGGCGGCGUCAACACGGCCACCGCAGAGUUCCUACGCGGCCUGCGCAAGCUGUGCGACGACGCCAACGCUCUGCUCGUGUUUGAUGAGAUCCAGUGUGGCCUGGGCCGCACGGGGCGCCUGUUUGCGCACGAGGCCUACGGCGUGGAGCCGGACAUGAUGACCCUAGCCAAGCCGCUGGCGGGGGGCCUGCCCAUUGGCGCAGUGCUGCUCAAGCAGAAGGUGGCGGACGCAAUGAAGCCGGGCGACCACGGCAGCACGUUUGCUGGGGGCCCCCUCGUGUGUGCGGCCGCGCUGGCGGUGCUGGAGCGCAUCCUCGAGCCGGGCUUCCUGCAGAACGUGGCUGCCAAGGGGGAGCGCCUGCGCGCCGCGCUGCGCAGCCGGCUGGGGGACAACCCGCACGUGAAGGAGGUGCGCGGCGCGGGGCUGCUGGUGGGCGUGCAGCUCGACGUGGCCGCGGGGCCGCUCGUGAGCGCGUGCCUGGACGCAGGCCUGCUGGUCAUCACGGCGGGGGCGGGCGACGUCGUGCGAUUAGCGCCGCCGCUGGUGAUCACCAACGAGGAGCUGGACCGCGCAGUGGACAUCCUGGUCAAGUGCUUCCCCGUGCUGGACUAGCGGCCAGAGCGCGCGCAGGGCACCACCGAGCAAGAACAUAGAGAAGGCUGGCAGCGGACGAAGAAGGGCAGCGACUCGACGCAGCUCGCAAUGUAUUUGGAUCUUGUGCAAGAUCAGUGCCGUCUAUGCUGGUGGAGUUUGCGCAAGCUGGAAGCCUUCUACCUUGGCAUCCCGAACGCAGUAGGCCAUUGGGUAAUCUGGCGAACGCUUGGACAGACAACCAGGCUAAACUAUAGGCAAGCAGCUCGACUGACUAAACCACCAGGUAUCAUUCCAUUGCUCUCGGAUCGCCGUUAGCUUUUCGUUCUCCUAGCUCGAAUCAGCACACACAGAACCGGGAUGAAGUACGCUUAGUGCAGCCCAUUUGCUGAAACAAGUUGCUCAUGCAGGUCCUGGGACACAAAUUGCAAUUCUGGAUUCGUAUAUAGUUUAUGGUAUCACGUGCACGAUAUCCGCGUGCAAAAUCUUAAAUUCGUUUCACAUCGUCGGCAACAUGGUCUUCCUGACCAUGCUGACGGAUGAAAGUUGCCG